GCCGAUCAUAAUUUCAUUUGCUCUUUCCUGAUUCGGGUCCGGCUUUCGUGUGGCGGUAACCCCAAAAACCACGGAACGACACCGUUUCCUCUCUGAUUCAACCCUUCUCCCGGAUCGACCCCUCUCUCGCUCCCCCUAUUUCCCUCAUGGUUGGGCUUCAGCGUGCCCUGGAAAUUGUUCAUUCUACUUUCCUGAUUUGGGCCUAGGUAAUCUGCAUAGACUUGAACUCAUCCUUUCAAGAUGAAUAUGCAGCAAGUUGUGCAGCCUAGAUCUUCUUCUAAUGGAUAUGGCCGCCGUAAAGUUGAGAGAGACGCUGCAACUAGGUUUGAUAAUAAAUUUAAGACUGGAACAACAAAUUCUAGCAGGACUAGUUUUGGUAAAGGAGGGGGACUUGAAUCACCAUCACGGGAUCGACUAAUAUAUUUAACUACAUGCCUCGUUGGACACCAAGUGGAAGUCCAAGUGCUGGAUGGAUCUAUAUUCUCUGGAAUAUUUCAUGCGACAAAUGCAGAGGAUUUUGGAAUUGUUCUUAAAAUGGCUAAUUUAAUUAAAGAUCGCUCUCGAGGGCAGAAAAAUAUUUCAGAUUUCCCAAGCAAGCCUCCUGCUCGGACUCUGAUCAUACCAGCUAAGGAUCUUGUACAAGUGAUAGCAAAGGGUCUGCCUGUAACAAAGGACGGCCUAACAAACGAGCUUCAGCAUGAAAAGCAGCAAGAGCUUUUGACUGAUUCCUGCAUAUCACAGUCUCGGCAUGUGGAGGUGGGGAGAGAAUUGGAGCGUUGGGUCCCUGAUGAAAAUGAUCCUGCCUGUCCCGAACUGGAGAAUAUCUUUGAUGGCCCUUGGAAUAGAGGCUGGGAUCAGUUUGAAGCAAAUGCAACUUUAUUUGGAGUCAAGAGCACCUUCAAUGAGGAACUUUACACAACAAAGCUUGAGAGAGGCCCUCAGAUGCGAGAAUUGGAAAGAGAAGCUUCACGGCUAGCAAGAGAGAUUGAGGGUGAAGAAACCCAUGAUCUUCAUCUAGCAGAGGAGAGAGGUAUUCAGCUAGAUGGAAAUCUUGAAAUUGAUGAAGAAACACGAUUUUCGUCCGUUUACCGGGGAGUUGAUGACAGUGGAUAUGAUGAGAUUGAGGACAUACUGUUGGAUGCACGAAAUGAUGAAACAUUUGGAGGCAUCUCCAGUUCUGUUAUUGGCAAACCUCUGAUGGACAUGCAUAGUGGGAAAGCUAGUGAUGGCACUCGUGUGUCGUCAAGAUCUUCCUCACUGGAAGAAAUGCAAUCUAUGACUGCUAUGAGCAGGGAUGUGUAUCAUUCAGGUUCCGAGGAUCAAGGUCAAGAGUUGUUAGCUGAAGGGCUUUCUAAAGAUUUCGCUGUGAUUGAUGCAACCAGGGUUCAGGGUAACCAACUUAUUGGUCAUGCUGAAAGUAGUUGCGCUAAGGAGGAUAAAGAUAAGCAACUGUCGAGCAUCAAAAGCUGAGGAUUCAGAUUCACCGCUGAAAUUAAAGAAAGAAACCUCUGAUAAGAUUGCAUUGUCUGCAAAUGCUACAGCAUUUGAUCCAUCACAGGCAUCACUAAAAGGUACUGAAAAGGCAAGCGCCUCUAGUGAGCUGUCAGAGGUUGCAAUACCUCCCAAAACUCAAGGGACAGCAAGUUCUGUUGCACGACCCGGUAGUUCUGCUUCAUCUACUUCUGAUCGUGGAGGUGCAACUUCAACUUCUGCUGGCCGAGGAUUAUCAUCGAGUUCAUCUGUCAGUUCAUUGUCCUCAGAGAAGUCAACUCUGAAUCCUCAUGCUAAGGAAUUUAGAUUAAACCCAAAUGCCAAGAGUUUCAUCCCAUCUCAGACACCUUUGAGGCCUGCUUCCCCAGUUGCUGAUAGUCCCUUCUAUUAUCCAGCUAAUAUGGCAUCUGUUCCGCAGAUGCCUGGAAUGCCAGUUGGAAUUGGGAUUGGACCUUCCUUUGCUGCGCAGCAGCCUGUUAUAUUCAAUCCACAGGCUGCACCAAUGCCACAACCAUAUUAUCAUCCAAAUGGGCCGCAGUAUGGGCAGCAGGUGAUGAUGGGACAGCCUAGGCCAGUUCUAUACAUGCCAGCAUAUCCUGCGGAAAUGCCAUACAAGGGAAGGGAAUUUUGACCAAUUAUGGCAAAUUGCAAUGAUGGUUCUCUGAUCGUGGAAAAUUAAAAUAUUUCUGACAGAAGACCACAUGGAAAUGAUUUUAGGAUGAAGCUCAGCAGCUGAUGAAGAAAUGCAAAAGCUUUGAGACCUUCUGCGCGAACCGGAUUUUUUCUUUAAGGAUGUGGUAACAUAAAUAUAUAAGUCGGUACAUUAACCAUAUUCUGGAGUCUCUUGAUGUUCUAACAUGGAGUACUAAGUUUACUUUUUUUUCUUUGGAUAUUUUUUUAUUUUGGCUUAAGAUAUUGAAUUAUUCCAAUUAUCAAUUAAGUUUAUUUUUGGUUUGUAAAUAAAAUACCCCAUCUCCAUCAACCCCCCGCCCCCAAUUCCCAUUUGGUUUGACUGUAUGUAUGCUAGUUUGGGCGUCCGAUGUUUGAGUUCUUCGGCAAAAUGUGGCCAUCGUGGAUCUUCAAGUGCAUCUUAACAAGCCCUUGCGGAGUUUUGCGCCACUGCAAUCUCAAUGAGAUGUCCAUGUCCCUCAUCUCAUUCUCUCCAGUGCACAAUAGCUUUGAUGGAUGACAAUAAUUUCGAAUAUGUUUUAUCAUCUGAAGUAUUAUCUUAUUUUCCUGUUUU